AUGGUAUCUUUCAGGAAAACGGCGUCGUUCGUCAAUGGCGGAGAAGAAGGCGGAGAGAGGAAGCUGAGAAAUGGGGAUGAGGAAUAUACAGUGGAGGAUUUAAGAGAUAGGAUAAAGUCGUCGAGAGAGAGCCAGUUCGAGAUUAUUGAGCACGAGCUUGGGCUGGAGGCCGCCGACCGGAAGUUUAGCCGGAAAAGUGUCAUCAACGGCUUGAAAGACCUGUCGCAGGGUCUCUUCAUUCAGCCGGACAGCAGAUGGUACAAGACAUGGGAAAAGUUCAUACUUAUAUGGGCAAUUUAUUCAUCGUUUUUUACGCCGAUGGAGUUCGGAUUCUUUAGGGGACUGCCGAAGAACCUCUUUGUUUUAGACAUCGUCGGUCAAGUGGCUUUUCUUGUCGACAUUAUAUUGCAAUUUUUCUUGCCUUAUAGAGACGGCCACUCCUACAAAAUGGUCUACAGGCGUAACCUCAUUUCUGUUCGCUAUUUGAAGUCUCAUUUUAUUCCUGACCUUUUGGGUUGUAUGCCUUGGGACAUUAUCUAUAAGGCUACCGGGAGAAAAGAAGAGGUGAGGUACCUUCUACUCAUCAGGUUGACUCGUGUCCGGAAAGUGACCACAUUUUUCCAGAGGCUGGAAAAGGACAUCCGAAUAAAUUAUCUUUUCACAAGGAUAUUAAAACUCAUAGCUGUUGAACUCUAUUGCACUCACACUGCAGCAUGUAUAUUCUACUAUUUGGCCACUACACUUCCCGAGGAGAAAGAAGGGUACACUUGGAUCGGGAGUUUGAAGCUCGGUGAUUAUAGCUACGCGCACUUUAGGGAUAUUGAUAUCUGGAAAAGAUACACAACCUCCAUGUAUUUUGCCAUUGUAACUAUGGCAACUGUGGGAUAUGGAGAUAUACACGCAGUGAAUCUGAGGGAGAUGAUAUUCAUCAUGAUAUACGUCUCGUUCGACAUGAUACUUGGUGCAUAUUUGAUUGGUAACAUGACGGCACUUAUCGUGAAGGGGUCGAAAACAGAGAGGUAUAGAGACAGAAUGACUGAUCUCAUCAAAUAUAUGAACAGAAACAGAUUGGGACGGGGCCUUCGUAAUCAGAUCAAAGGGCACUUGCGUUUGCAGUAUGAGAGCAGUUACACAGAUGCUGCUGUUCUUAAUGAUAUUCCGAUAUCUAUACGUGCUAAGAUAUCGCAGACACUGUAUAAGUCGUACGUUGAGAAUGUUACUCUUUUCAAGGAUUGCUCGUCUGAGUUCAUCAGCCAAAUUGUAACUCGGGUGCAUGAAGAAUUUUUCCUCCCUGGAGAAGUAAUAAUUGAACAAGGAAAUGCAGUGGAUCAACUCUAUUUUGUUUGUGAUGGUGUUCUGGAAGAGGUUGUAAUAAGUGCAGAUGGAUCAGAAGAAACAGUGUCUCUUCUCGAGCGGCACAGCUUAUUUGGAGAGAUUUCAAUCCUAUGCAACAUACCUCAACCAUACACCGUUCGAGUCUCCGAAUUAUGUAGGCUCCUGAGGAUAGAUAAACAGUCUUUCUCAAAUAUCCUCGAGAUAUAUUUUCAUGAUGGACGUAAAGUCCUGACUAACUUGUUGGAGGAGAAAGAGUCUAGUAUUCGUGUGAAGCAACUGGAGACAGAUAUCACUUUCCAUAUCGGGAAACAAGAAGCUGAGCUUGCUUUGAGAGUGAACAGUGCAGCAUAUUACGGUGAUUUGUAUCAACUGAAAAGUCUGAUUCGCUCUGGAGCCGAUCCAAAUAAGAAAGAUUAUGAUGGACGAUUGGCCUUGCAUCUUGCGGCAUCAAAAGGGUACGAAGAUAUUACUUUAUUCCUCAUACAAGAAGGUGUAGACGUCAAUGCUGAAGAUAAUUUUGGUAACACACCUUUACUCGAAGCCAUCAAGAGCGGACAUGACAGAGUUGCUUCUAUACUGUACAAAGAAGGAGCAUUAUUGAAAAUAGACAAUGCGGGUAGCUUUUUGUGCACCACAGUCGAAAGAGGCGAUUCGGAUUUGCUAAGAAGGCUUUUGUCCAAUGGGGUUGACCCAAACUCCCGAGACUAUGACCGCCGGACCCCACUUCACAUAGCUGCCUCUCAAGGAUUGUAUUUAAUGGCAAAGUUGCUCAUUGAAGCUGGGGCCAGCGUCUUCAUUAAAGACAGGUGGGGAAACACUCCAGUGGACGAAGGGCGAAUUUGCGGAAAUAAAAAUAUGAUUCAACUUCUUGAAGAUGCUAAGGUUGCACAAUUAUCCACAUUUACUGAUUCACCUCAACAAGUUACAGAUAAGUCGCAUACGAAAAAGUGUACUGUUUUCCCUUUCCAUCCAUGGCAUCCCAAGGAAGGCAGAAGAAAACACGGGGUCGUAAUGUGGGUUCCUCGCACCAUUGAAGAGCUUAUACAGCAAGCCUCGAGACAGCUUGAGUUUCCAGACGGGUCGAUCAUUUUAUCAGAAGACGGAGGCAAAAUUUUGGAGGCGGAUAUGAUUACGGAUGGCCAGAAACUGUACAUGAUCAACGAAACAGAUUAG